CAAAGUAAUUGGAUGCUAAUUAGACUCUAAGCUGACAAUUUAAAUAACUUGGAAUUUUUUUGUUCCUUUCCAUUACGACUAAGUUUAAUAUUCAACAAAAUGAUACUCUUGGAUCUACUAAUAACAAGUCUGCUAAGCCUGCUUGAUUAUACCGUUAGCCUGCGUUUGAUCGAAGUACGGAUACCGAGUUAUGUGGUUAAAGACUCAAUGGCGCAGUUGGAGUGCCUUUACGACUUGGACGGUGAGGCCCUGUAUUCAGUUAAAUGGUACAAAGAUGGUAAUGAAUUCUAUCGAUAUGUACCCAAAGAUAUACCACCAGCGCAAACAUUUCACUUACCAGGUAUUACUGUCGAUGUUCAUAGCUCCAAUGAUGCCGUUAUAAUAUUACGAGAAGUUAAUUUACAAACAUCCGGACGAUUUCGCUGUGAAAUAUCUGGAGAGGCACCCUACUUUCAAACCAUAACCCAAUAUGGAGAUAUGGUGGUAGUAGCUUUACCCGAUCAGGGCCCGCCAAAGAUCACUGGCGGUCGUCUUCGUUACCAAAUCGGUGACUGGGUCCAUGUAAAUUGCACAUCAGGGCGUUCCAAACCGCCGGUACAACUAUCAUGGUUUGUAAAUGGUCAAGCCGCAGAACCUCAGGCAUUGCGUAAAUAUAAAACUAUCAUUUCCGGUCGAGAUGACUUCGAAACCUCUGUCUUGGGUUUGCAAUUUCGUGUUGCACGACAUCAUUUUCGUAACGGCGAUAUGAAGCUUAAGUGCGUUGCUUCCUUGUCGACAUUUUAUUGGCGUAGCAAUGAGGAAUCAGUACAAGGUGGUCCUACGUUGGAAUCACGUGCGACUUUAUAUGCUAACAAUACCCGGGCUGAUCCAGUGCAAGAUAUAUCAUUAAAGGAAAAUUCUGUAACCAAAAUUCUAUCGUAUUUCAUUCAACAAAAGGCAGCCAGUACAACAAACUCCAAAUUUUCAAUUAAAUCAUCAAAUUUAAUUAUCCUACUGUGCACUACUUUAAUAACAACAUAUAAUUAUUUGGACCAUUUGCUUAGCUUGAAACUAAACUGUGUCAAGUUGGUGAGAAAAAUUUUACAGAGUCAAAAAUUAUUUAUAUGUCGCCGCUAUGAGCAAAUCCAUAGUAGUCUAAGUCAGGAAAUUCAUACCAUUGCAGAGGAUAAGCAUCAAAUAGAAUUCAAUGAGAAAGCUUUGGAAACGUUGCUCUCCUGACAAGACGUUUAUUAGACAGUAAAACAGUCUUCAAGUUGCAAGCGCGUAAGUUUAUAUUUUAACAUCAAUACAGUUUCCUAAAGAUAUGGUUGUCUACAAUUGUUUUCCUUGCAUUUACGUUUACUUUUUGCUUAACUUCUACAAAAUCCAGAGUUGAGAUUAUUUUCAAGCGUUAGUACAUUAAUUUUCUUAAGACAAAAAUACACUUUUCAUACUUUUUCUAUCAUUUUACCAUUAGGUUUGUAACAACCGAAGAAACUCCUAUGAGGAGCGGAGGUUAGAUUGUGAACACAAAUCCUUUCUCUAUCCAUCCGUUUCCGCAUUUUUCUUUUUGGUCGUAUAACUUAAGAUAUGCUUCUAGGACUCACGUACUCAUGUAAUGAGCUUACUACCAUCUUGUGUCUGAUCCGUCCAUAAAGGUUUAUAAACAACUGAAAAACUUAAAAAAUUUCUAUCAGAUAUCAAUAUAAUUACUCACCGAUCUUUGUAAGAAAUGGUGUUACUUUGCCUGCGAAUAAUUUUUUCGUACUAUCUUGAAGCCAUAGGCAGCAGCGACAACGACAUAACAUCAUUUUUGAGGAACUUUUAAUAAGUCGUUCAAUAAGUGCUAAGAAAACGACUUACAUGAAGGCGUGAUUCUUUCCUUUUUUAUUCAAAGCAAGUGUUUCUAAAUCGUGAUCAGUAAUGAAGAACGCAUCCUUUGGUCAUUGUUACGAUAGCCGGAGAGAAAAUGUGAAUGGUCGAAGCCAGGUAGGUCUGAUAUGUUAUGAAUUAUAUGGCUAUUAAUAACAACUAAUGCGAUUGGCCCCAAACUCGAACGCAUUAUGUCAAGAAUGACUUUACGUUAAUACCAUUGAACUGAUAUAUGUUAUUACAUCCAUAGUAUUCUGGAAGUUAUUUCUUAUGAUUAACAACGGUUUCAAUCGACAACUGAUCGCCAGUUCAAACAGCGCUCCCAUCCUUAUAAAGACAUAACUUUUUAGAUAGCUCUAAAAGCCGCUAAAGAGUACAGCUUAGUGCAAAUAUUAUUUCAAGUUUGUCUAAAACGAACUCUUAACUAGUGGACACGUCUAUAAACGAAUACUCCACAGAUUUUGCUUAUAAGGUUGGAGUGAUGAGUUUAAAAA